AUGGCACCCCGUAGAAAUACCUUAAAUUCUAACCACCGUUUACCAUUAUCCUGUACCUCUAGAAAUAUAAGAAAUAAUAUACCAAAUAUAAAUACACAAUCAUCUAACAACUUACAACCAAAUACAAGGCAUUUAAAUCAGAUAAAUGUUGGUACAAAUGAUGACAAUAUAGCUAAUAAUUUGUCUUCUACUGGUGUUCAAUUGAGAAGAUCGAUAAGAAUAGCAAACUUACAAAAUUUAUCUUCAAGAGUUAGUUCACAUUCUAUAUUACAACGCGAAAAUCCCCAAAAUAUAAAUAAUAAUUUUGAAAAUAGUCAUUUACAUGAGUCAGGAAAUUCAUCUACAAUAACUAGUGUUAGUCAACGAAAUACAAAUCUUUCAAGAGAUUCAAUAAAUCCUAGAAAUAAUAGACAAAAUAUAAAUAGAAAUACUGGUAGGCAAAAUUUAGGACUUUCAAAUCCACCUGGUGUGGCUAAUACAUUAGAUUCAUUAAAUAUUAGACGUAACCAUCGAAAUGUUUUUCAUUUUUCAACUUCAUUUGGUUCUGAUGACCAUUUAAGAAGACAACGACGUAAUCGACUAAGAGCUAAUAUAAAUAGAUCAAUUUUAAAUUCUGCAGCUUCUUAUAAUAUAAUCAAUAUUGAUAAUUCUAGUCAAAUAGAUUAUCGUGUAGCUUCCCGACAACCUUUAAUAAAUGCGGGUUGGCAAACUGUAGGUUCGAGUUUUAUGACAUUUGGAAAUUUAGUUCCAACACGUACAAUGAUAAAUGCACUUUUUUCACCAGCAAAUAUAUUAAGAGGUGAUGAUGAGUGGCCUCGUACUGCAGAAAUGAUGAAUAAUAGAUAUGGUCCUGAUGUUUCUAUGGAUGAUAUUAUAGAUGGUAUGAAUGAGGGAAGGAGGUAUCCACGUAGAAGUUCUUAUAAUGAUACACGUAGGAGAAUUCGUAGUUUUGCAACAAAUAUUAGUAGACGACGAAGUCGAAACUUUAAUAAUAGUAUAAGGCUUUUCUCUUCUUUUCCUAUACAAUUUCCACCUGAACGACUGGAAGAAAGACUUGCAAGUAUUUUUCCUCAAGGUACAAGUACAUUAGAUAUUAGAAAUAGGCAAAUUAUGGAAUCACCAAAACCAUUUCCUGUACCUAAAGAUGAAAUUGACAAAGGAAUAUCAAGUGAACCAGAAAAAUGUACAAUUUGUUUUGAAGAUAUAUGUGUUGAUCCAGUGAAAUGUUUACAUUGUAGACAACAAAUUGGUUGUUUUGAUUGUUUAAAAAAAUGGAUUCGAGCUGAUGCUUAUGUGAAUUCAAAUCAAGAAGAAUAUGUAAUGCAUUCUAAAAAUAUGGCAUGUCCUUUAUGUAGGCAUGAAUGGAGUUAUGCAUCAAGACCUGAAGUUUUCAGAUUGCAAAAUAAAUGA